GGACUGCACAGAGCCAGUUUAUUUCCUUUGGAUUGAACAUUUCUAGUUUUUUAUUUCAUAGCACUGAGAUUUUGAUUGGCUGGUCUGUGCAGAGAGAUACAGACUUUUAUAUACUUCUCCACACUAAGAGAAACCUCUGAUGUGAGUUACUGCUGGGGUGACCUCACAAGGGACCCUUGUGUGCACUCCUCAUUCCAUGUGGGUUACGUCUCCUUUUCUGGAGUUUUAUGACUUCCAUUCCCUUGAAACAAACAGCUUUUUUUUAGAGAGUUGGCACUGGCCGGGGCCUAAUGAGCCAUCAGGCUUCUGUUGAAGUAAUGUGCUUCCCAUGAAAAUCCAUCUCCUCCACAACUGGCACUAAUAAGUUCCCUUCUUGGCCAUCUAGCAGAGGCCAUGGACUGAAUAGUUCACAGAGAGUGAACUCCCCUCUGGGAGAUGUCUUCUUAUGGAGGGAUGGAGAGGUGUUAGCUAUUCACGUCCUUGGGAUAAUGGGCUCUGUCUCUAGCGCUCAGUGUCUCUAGAGUCCAGUGUCUUUCACCAGCUCCUACUUGAAGUAUAAUUGAAAAAGAAAGUAGGUAGCAUCAACCAGGCCUGGCUAUACACUGAGCAGCCAUCUGGAGUGGGGUGAGGGGGUCACUGUGAGAGAAGUCAUUGUGGUCUUGCUUUGAUUUGUCAAAAAGGACCUAGAAAUGCUGACAUUUUCAACAUGGCUAGGACUCUGUAGUUGUGCUGAGCCCAAACUGAGCCCCUUUUCUUAUCACUCAUAAAGCUGGUGUAGUUGAUUCUCUGGUGGGUUCCUGACCUGGCCAUAGCCGGUGCCAGUUGGCAGUAGCCGACUCUUGUGUUUCAGACAAGCAGAGAGUCAUAUCGAGACCACUCAACAGCUGCAAACUCUAGUAGUUUCAGUACAAGCCUGGGCUGUCUCAACAGAAACAAAAUCUUUGUUCUGGCAUUUACAGAACAUCAAAGCAACCAUGUUUGGGCUCCAACUUCCCUGAGCUCACAUGUGCACCUUCACCAGCGCGUACAAUGCUGCUCAUCUCCCCACUUCCUCUCCUCUCCCUCCCUGCAGUACGUAGGUAUGUGCUAGUUUUGUCUUCAGAUGUCCCCAGCACUCAGGAGAGAAUCCUAAAAGUUUUGGAUCAGCAUUCAGAGGUCCUGCGGCUAUAGGGCACCACAAUGUCAUGUUCCCCCAAGCUUUCCUGUUCACGGCACCCCCGAGAGCACAGCAUGAUCACAAAGCUUCCAGAAUGCAACUGCAAUAAGUCAGCUGUCACAGCCAGGCACUGAGAAUGCCCAGAUGGUGAGUUAGCCAACCUUUCAUCACUCGGGUGACUCUUAUAUGCAUAUCAGUUUUAUCCAUGCCUUCUCAUCCUGAUGGCUCAGAGAGGCCCUUGUCUCAGCCACUCUGCAGAUGAUUUAUCCUACAUCUGCCUUCUCAAGUGGAGUCUUGAAUUGUUGUGAAUGUGGCACUGAUGGAGGAUGCAGAAUGGAGGGCCCAUUACCCACAGAGAAGCAGCAGCGAAGCAAGCUCUUGUGUUGCAGCCUUGCCCUGGAGGACCCCUCUACAGGAAUCAGCUUUCUCUGCAGACUAGCUGCCAGAAAUGACGUCCACCCUAGUCCAGCAUCAGAGAAUAAGAACUUCAGAAGAAGGAAUGCGGCUUCAUAAAUAGCAAACCACAGCCACUAAUGGGGAGCAGAGGCAGACCUGCAGGUUAACAGACUGUGCAGAAGCCCACACGUCCAUGCCGCGCAGAGAUUCCAACAUGAUUGCGACUCUAGCCUUCGCUUUCCUCCUGAGCCUCUGUUCUUUUACAUCAAGUCAGAUGACAAGUGUUGGAGGAGGCGAUGUUGGGCCCCAGAUGCUGGCUGAGAUGAGAGAGACGAACAGGGUGCUGCUGGAAGUCAGAGACUUGCUGAAGCAGCAGAUCAAGGAGAUAACAUUCCUGAAGAACACGGUCAUGGAGUGUGAUGCCUGUGGCAUGCACACAGAGGUGACUGGCCCAGGGAUCAGCGUGACAGCAUUCAACAGAUGCACGCCAAACCCUUGUUUCCCUGGCGUUACCUGUACCCAGACCAGCACCGAACCUGGCUUCCGCUGUGGAGGCUGCCCUCCAGGAUAUACAGGCAAUGGGACACAUUGCACAGACAUCAAUGAGUGCUCUGUCAAUCCCUGCUUCACCAAAGUCCGCUGCACCAACACAGCACCUGGCUACCGUUGUGACCCCUGCCCUUCUGGCUACUCUGGGCAACCUGUGGAAGGGGUUGGACUACCCUUUGCCAGAGCCAACAGACAGGUUUGCACUGACAUCAAUGAGUGUGAGACGCCUGGCACCACCACCUGCGUCCCCAACUCCAUCUGCAUCAAUACCCGGGGAUCCUACAAGUGUGGAGCUUGUAAGCCUGGCUUCAUCGGGGACCAAGUCACCGGGUGCAGAAACCAGACACAGAGACGUUGUCCUAACGGGGAACUCAGCCCAUGCCAUGAGAAGGCUGAGUGCAUCGUUGAGCGCGAUGGGAGCAUCUCUUGUGUGUGCACUGUAGGGUGGGCAGGGAAUGGCUACGUCUGCGGGAAGGACACCGACAUUGAUGGGUUCCCUGAUGAGAAGCUGCGCUGCACAGACCGCAAGUGUCGCAAGGACAACUGCCUGACUGUCCCCAACUCUGGCCAGGAGGAUGCAGACAGGGAUGGCAUUGGCGAUGCAUGCGAUGAUGACGCGGAUGGAGACGGGAUAUUAAAUACUGAGGACAACUGUGUCUUUGUGCGCAAUACAGACCAGCGCAACGCAGACAAGGACAGCUUUGGUGACGUCUGUGACAACUGCCGGAACGUGAAGAACAACGACCAGCGGGACAUUGAUGGCGAUGGGAAGGGCGACGAGUGCGAUGACGACAUGGAUGGAGACACAAUCAAGAAUGCAGUGGACAACUGUAAGAAGAUCCCUAACCUUGAUCAGAAGGACAGUGAUGGGGAUGGCAUAGGCGAUGUGUGUGACAGCUGCCCAACCAUCAGCAAUCCAGACCAGAAAGAUACAGACCAUGACUUUGUGGGAGAUGUCUGUGACACCAACCAGGACCAAGAUGGGGACGGCCACCAGGACUCGCGAGACAACUGCCCCACGGUGCCCAACAGUUCCCAGCAGGACACCGAUGGCGAUGGGGUUGGAGACGAGUGUGAUGAUGACGACGACAAUGACGGCAUCCCUGAUACCAAACCUCCGGGCCCCGACAACUGCCGGCUGGUCCCCAACCCUGGCCAAGAGGAUACAGAUGGUGACGGCAUUGGGAACCUGUGUGAAGAUGACUUUGACAGUGACAGGGUGAUCGACAGAAUCGACGUGUGCCCAGAGAACGCGGAGGUGACGCUGACAGACUUCAGGGCUUUCCAGACUGUCGUGCUGGACCCAGAGGGUGAUGCACAGAUUGACCCCAACUGGAUCGUCCUCAAUCAGGGCAUGGAAAUCGUCCAGACCAUGAACAGCGACCCCGGCCUGGCUGUAGGUUACACUGCAUUCAAUGGUGUGGAUUUUGAGGGCACCUUCCACGUCAACACUGCUACGGAUGACGACUAUGCUGGCUUUAUAUUCGGCUAUCAGGACAGCGCCAGCUUCUACGUUGUCAUGUGGAAGCAGAUGGAGCAGACCUACUGGCAGGCAAACCCUUUCCGAGCAGUAGCUGAGCCUGGCAUUCAGCUGAAGGCUGUGAAAUCUAAAACGGGCCCUGGCGAGUAUCUCCGCAAUUCCCUGUGGCACACAGGAGACACCACUGACCAGGUCAAACUGCUGUGGAAAGACCCUCGCAAUGUUGGCUGGAAGGACAAGACCUCUUACCGCUGGUUCCUCCAGCACCGGCCCCAAGUUGGCUACAUCAGAGCUCGCUUCUACGAAGGCCCUGACCUGGUAGCGGACACCGGUGUGGUUCUUGAUACAACCAUGCGAGGGGGUCGCUUGGGUGUCUUCUGCUUCUCCCAGGAGAACAUCAUCUGGUCAAACCUGCGCUACCGUUGCAAUGACACUGUUCCAGGAGAUUACGAGACAUUCCAGACCCAGCAGAACCAGCGCAGGGUUUAAGUUUGUCCGAAACUUGCUUUAAAAAAAGUGCUCAGCUGCCAGCUCUUGCCUCUUUGAUAUACUGAACCAAGAACUGUAAGUACCACUGCGCUCUGCACAGCACCAGGUGUCACUGCGUAGCUGGCCUCUUCCCCACAUCAGCAAAUCUCUGCUAUGCAAGUCUGUUGGAAUUGCAGACGGGUAGAGUUCAAGCAUGAACAGAAGCCAAAAUGACUAUGCUGGUAGCACUAGCUCUUCACCACGUGGACACAGAUGUGCCGAGGGAGGAGCUACCUACAGUGGCUGGAACUGUGCGAGUGUGUAGCAUGGAUGGUUUCCUGGAAUGUUCCCCCACUCAGUGGCUCUGAAGUUCCUUUCCUUCUCUGUGUUCAGUCAAGUCUUACUGCCAGAAACACGCACAUGGUGGUGGGGCCGGGGGCUGCAUUGCUCACAGAACAUGAAACUAACUUUAAGAGGGCACCUUUGUUCUGGAAUGUUUGGAUAAUAAAUGAUCUCAUACUUCCCCUUGAUCA